AUGUUCGGCUUUAAGAAAGGGGAGGGGAAGAAGAAGAUGGACGAACCCAAGAAAGAGGAUGAAUGGGUCCGUCUCGGAGAUCCAGACCAACCCUCGAGCAUCGAGGAGGACUGGUCUGGGACGCUGAACCAGCCGACGCCCAAGCCGGCUGGCAUCUUGGCCUGGGCUUUGGGCUUUGCUCGGAGCGUUGCAGCGAAAAUAACGCCCAGCGCUGGCAGUGACAUCGGCGAGGAGAAGAAGAAACCGGAAAAGCAGAAUGAUGGCAUCCCAAAAACCGACCGUUCUGCCGAGAUGACCUCGAUCGAACCCAUGUUCACCAUGGGUCUUCCGGACAGAGAAGACGCCAUCCAGAGGGAUGGCACAGACCACGCCGGCGAUUCCUUCGCCGGAGAGAUCGUCGUCGUCGGCUGGAGAAGCAUCACACCCAGCAGCGGCGGCGGCACCCCCAGCAGCCCUACCAUGACCUCCAGCAGCAGCGACACCAGAAGCUGUCCUGCGGGCGGCAAGGACCAAGACUCGCUGCUGCGCCGCCUCUCCUCUCACACUCCCGAUCUCGACCUCUCCAUCGGCCUCUCCGAACUCGACGUCAACAUCGGCCUCCCCGACGACGACGAGGACUCCUUCCCCGCCUGCGGCUGCCGGAUAUACACGUUUGGCAAGAGGGGGGACCGGACGACCUGCGGCAUCUGCCAGAUACAGCGGUACGGUGCCAUCCUCGACAGCGGCCCGCCUCCCUCGCCGCAGCCGGCUAAUCCUCCGCAUCCACGGCCGCUACCAUCGCCAGCUCCAACCAGCAGCCCGUUCCGCCCCGGCGCCGACCCGGACGCCAUGCUCCCGUCCGAGUCCGAGCCCGGGUCCCCGCCAGAGCUGAGCGGCUCGCCGGGCUCGCCGGACUCGGAGGAGCCGGUGGAGGAGGAGGGCCCGCAGUACUCGGACGAGGACAGGCGGGAGAUGGUGCGGCGGUUGGAGCAAGGGUACACGCCGAUGGAGCAGGCCAUGAUGUACAUGUUCCUGCUGCGGUCGUGUGAGCGCCGAGGAGGGUUCGUGCCGUGGCCGGGUCUGCCGGCCCCCGUGCUCGAGUGUGCCCGGACGAUGGGCAUCGUCCCGAAGGAGAGGAAGAAGAGGAGGAGGAAGGGGGAUGAGGAAGGGCCAAAGCGGCCAAAGGGUGAUAAGGGGGAGAAAAGAGAGAAGAGAGGAAAGAGAGACAGGAGGGAAGGGGGAGAAGGGGGAGAAGGACUGGAUGACCUGGGAAGGCAGGGGUGGGGAGGGGGCUCUUGGAUAUGUUGA